AUGCCCGGACAACUCCCCCCUACCGACGACCAAGUCGUCAUUCCCCCCUUCACCGGUGGUGGUGCGGCUGAAUGGCAGGCUUGGCUCGAGGGCCUGACGCCCGAGCAGAGGGCGAAGUGGGAGGCCAACACGGCCACCUUUAUGCAAGCACGGGCCGCGGAGAAGCAGCAGGCCGAAGAAGACGAAAGGCGUCGGAUCGCGGAAGAGGAGGAGGCUCGGGCCGCUGAGGUCCUUCGCCAGGAGCAGGAAGCCCUGGCGGUGGCAAAAUCCAAGAUCAGGACGCUCCUGGAUGUUCCGGCCCACCGGAACUUGAUGCGGGAGAUGUUGGCUGCUGCGGACGGGGUCCCUGCCACCCCCGUCCCUCCUCUCCCUCGCCGGCCCCUCCGUCCCCUUCCCUCCACCCCCACCCCCCGGCCGCAGGCAGAUUUGCCUAAGACCCCCACCGCCGAGGAGCGCCUCGCCAACUUGGAGAGGUUGUUCGCUAGCUCGGAGGCUGGGCCGAGUGGCUCUUCUGGGGGGCGGCGGGGAUCGAAGAGGCCGGCCGACCUCUUUGGCGAGCUCGAUCGGGACUCUCCCGACGAUUUUGAGGUGGUGGGGUUCAGCACCCCGCAGGGGAAGCGAAGGAAGGCCCAUGCAGAGGCCCAACGGUUGAACCCUGGGGCGUGGGUUAUGCCCGCAUCGAUGCCGCCGGGUUGGACGGACAACCGGUGGAAGAAUGCCAAGUCGGCGGAGGCGUUGCUCAACCACCCCGAGUCGGUGGAGAUGGAUGGUGACAUGUUGUGUUACCAUUGUAGGGACCCCAUGGCCAGGAGUGGGGACGGGCAUGACGCUUGGAUGGUGGCCAUGGACGAGCGAUACGAACGGUGUAUCGUGAUGCCAGGAGACCCGGGGAAGUGCGUGCGUUGCAUCUGGCGCAACGGCAAGCAGUGUGAGUACGCCAAGCACCCGUACUUCAUCCCCGUGGCUCGAGAGCCCAAGCCGACAGCGAGCCAGCUUGCCGCGGCCAUGGCCCCCCCCGCUCCCCCGUCUCUGGCGGAGAGACUGGCUCGGGCCAGCAUCUCCUCGCCUCGUCGAUAG